UUUUUUCCAAGUCGUGAAUGACAGACCUUAUCCACUUUGUACUCCGUGACACAAUAAAAAUUAGUUUAUAAUAAAAAGUAUUAUAAAUGUAUAGAAAUUAACAUUAAAGUAAGCAGAUAAUUAAUUUUUUUGGAAGUAGUAAAAUAGUUUAGUUAAAAUGGAUGUGUCGGCAUUGCAUGCACCUGUGGACUUUAAUAAGUCUUUGGAGGAAAUGUCGCCAGAGGAAAGGAUGCGUGCCGAACACCAAUUGAUGCAUGAAAAGCAUAAAGGGCAUGAGGCUAUGCAUUCAGAGAUGGUGCUUAUUCUUUUCAUAACCCUAAUUGUGGCACAGGUUAUUUUGGUGGAAUGGAAAAAACGUCACUACAAAUCCUAUUCGGCCGUUACACUGCUUGCCAUGUGGAUUAUACCACUAGUGAUAUCGAUCUGUUACAAUUUCAUACGAUUUGUUAUCAUUUGGACAUUGUUUUCACUGUUAACGGCAUUUGUUAUCAAAAAAGCAGUUAGCAAACCAAUACAGCGCACCACUCCGAGAUUAGUGUACAAAUGGUUUUUACUAAUAUAUCAGAUUAGCUAUUUUUUGGGUAUUGGAGGCUAUAUUGUGAUGAUGGCUACAUUUGUAGGCUUCAAUUUUAUAUUUAAUCAAGGUCCUAAUGUUUGGAUGGACGCAGGAUUGAUGCUUGUUUUCUACGGUCUUUAUAUUGGUGUACUAGGUCGCGACAUAUCGGAAAUUUGUUCUGAGAAAAUGGCGGUACACAUAGGGUAUUACACACCGCAAGGCAUACCGACCCGCCACCUAGACAACAACGUCUGCGCUAUUUGCGGGAAUCAACUGUUGGUUGGCGUGAAGGAAGAGGGUAUCUUUGAAAAUACAUAUAAGUUAUCGUGCAAUCACAUAUUUCACGAAUUCUGUAUUCGUGGCUGGUGCAUUGUGGGUAAAAAACAGACCUGCCCUUAUUGUAAGGAAAAGGUUGAUCUGAAAAAGAUGUUUUGUAAUCCUUGGGAAAGACCGCAUGUACUCUAUGGGCGUUUAUUAGAUUGGAUUAGAUGGCUGGUGGCUUGGCAACCACUUAUUUUCUUUAUUGUACAAGGCAUCAAUUGGGCAUUGGGCUUAGAAUAAUACACUUCUAGUCAUAACUUGAAACAAAGUAAAUCACAGCAAAAUAAAUAAAUAAUACAACAUAAAAAAAACGUUACUGUAUUGUGGUAAUGAAAGCUUGGAGUAGUAGCAUGUAGUUCCAUUACGUUCGUAUUGUCAUAUAGUACCAGAACCUAAAUAACGAAUUAUGUUCAGUGCUACGGUACGCGUAUAAAAACUGAACUGCCUAGAAAAAAUUAAUUUUUUUAGGGAAAUACUUCAGUGGAUUAUUAAGUAAAACAUAGUUAAUUUAGUAUUAAUAUGUAUGUAAAAAACUUAUUUAUUCUUUAUUUACAUUGUACAAUAUUAUAUUGUCACCUUAAUUACUUAAAGAUAUUCUGCAGUGCAGCAUAUAAGGCUUUAAAUAAUUUAUUACAAUCUUUCUAUAUUUAAGUGUGUAUGUAUGUAUGUUUAGUAAAUAAUAAAUAUUGAAAUUUCUUACGACAUUAAUACAUACAUAUGUAUA